ACCUAGCAUCCCUAUCUCUGUGUGUGUGUGUGUACAUUACAGUAAAGUGUGUGCCCAUCCUCUGCUAACUCGCUUCCACUGCGUCACUGGUCCAUGUGCUGCCGUUGUCAGGGAAACCGUUUACCGGUACCGGCUCACCUUCCACCACUGGAUUGGCACUGAAUAUUUUAACGGCCCCCGCUGCCCUCUGUUACCCGUGUACUUGUGGCUCAGUGCAUGUGUGUGUGUGUGUGUUUGUGUUUGUACUGCGCAGCACAGCAAGUGCCUGUGUGAUGUGAUUCUUCUGACAAGUUUGCAUUGGCAGAACAGGCCUAGCAAGAGGGAGGCGAGGAGGGGGAAAAAGGGGGGCUGCAGUAACAGUAGUGACAGCAGCAGCAGCAUCUCUUGAGGAGUGAGGGAGUCAGGAGAAGUGCAGUUCUUCCAGCUCUCAGCCGAGCCAGUCCCUUGGAUUAAGUCUUCUUUUUCUAAGCCUCAUCCUCAGACUCUGUCGCACUCUGUGUCUUUCACGCUUCCCCUAUGCCUGGCACUGCCAUCGCAGGCAGUGUGGACAUGGCACAGUGAGCAGCUCUGUUUGUCUUGUCUUUCACAUUGUCCCUCAUCGUCCCUCUGCACUUUAUCCCUUCACUGUUCUUUAACUCCACCCUUCUUCUCUCAUUUACCACAUCUCACAGUUCGAUAUCUUCCAUCUCUCCUGCUCUUCUCGUCCUGUCCCCCUCUCCUCCUCUCUCUUUCCUCUCUGCCGUCUCAGACACAGAGUAGCAUUAGCUGGUAGCCGUCUACGUCUUUACCGGGAAGAAAUCUUUUAGGGGUGACCCCCCCCCGUCCACCUCAGCAUCCUUUGCCCAUCCACCACUGACUUGCUUCCCCUCCCCGCGACACCUACCACUGCAGGGUGGGAUGGGCAGGGGCUGGGUGAGUUAGCCACGGGCUCGAGGGUUAGCAACAGGGCAGGCAAUGCCAGAGAGUAAAGGACGAGAACAAGGAGGAGGCGGAGGUGGGUGCUCGCGGGGCAAGAGGAAACUGAGGAAGGGAGGCAGCCGCACGGCCAUCCCGGUGCUCUUCACCAUCACUGAGGAAGAGGAGGGGCAGAGACGGAGAGAUGCUUGCAGGAAGAAGAAAAGAGCGUCUUACUCUCAGUAUAAAUCGGAGGACGGCAGAGCCGGCUCCGCGGGCUCUGGCCAGACCUACACUCCCACACCAUCUCGCACCACCACCAGCAACAGCCCCAGUAACAAUGCUGCGACCAAAACAGACUCGUUGCUCUUCAACAAGAUUGACGAGAGGCAGAGGUUAGCCCGUGAGCGCCGGGGGGAGCGUGAGAAACAGAAUGCUAUCAAGGAGGCCCAGUGGCAGGCCCGUGAGGAGCGAGCCAGGCAGUACUAUGAGAGGCAGUUGGAGGAGAGGAAGAGAAGACUGGAGGAGCAGAGAGUAAAGGAGGACAAGAGACGGGCUGCUGUGGAGGAGAAACGACGGCAGAAACUGGAGGACGACAAGGCUCGUCAUGAGGCGGUGAUACGUCGCACAUUGGAGAGGAGCCAGAGAACCAGACAGAAGACCAACCGGUGGUCUUGGGGCGGGGUAUUGCAGACAAACACUCCCAGCACACCAGCCGGUUUUGUCGAGUCGGCUUUCCUCUAUCCACUCGACCUUGCUGGACUUGAGCACAUGCAGAGUGCUUUCAGUCUCUACCGCAGAUACGGAAUGACCUCCCAAUAUGCUGACAGGCGCUCGGUGUCCACCAUGAACUUAUCCAAACACAUCGACCCUGUUAUAACCAAGCGCCUGUCCUCCUCCUCUGCCACACUCCUACACUCACCAGAUCGAGGCUUACAGAUGAGAACAGCCUCCUCCCCUGUCAUUAGCAAAGCUCAGUCCAAACCCCGGCUACACCAGGGAAAGACCCCCCAGCACAAAAACACAGGCCUGCGCCGUCUUCCAUUGACGCCAUGGGAGAGCAAUGUGGUGAACCGCCUGCAGCAGCCAACACACUCCUAUUUGGCCCGCAGUCGCAGUGCCAUGAGUCUGUCUGGAGAGCAAACAGCCAUGCCUGUUUGUCCUCGCUCAGUGUCCUGCCACCCCAUGGGCUCAAUGUCCUUUAAGGCCCUGCAGGCCCAGCCACUUCCUCACUGCCGCAGCCAUGACAGGAACCUCAGCAGGGAGACGGUCUCUUCUUCCACCAAGACUGCCCGCAGGAAGACCACCGGCACCACACAGCACAAGGACCGCGAUAAUGUCAGGAAGUCGUGGAGCAACCUGUCACUCCCAUUGGCUCCUGUUCUGACUUUGCCCCCCAACAAGCGCUCCUCUUCUCCAGGCAAGAAGAACAGCAAAGUGACAGCACCCUCUCCUGGCAGGCCUCCUCAAAAGUCAGCAGGACGCCCACCGACCCCGAAACUGAUUAAGUCUCCGGGACCUGAGGACCCUGGAAACCUUCGUCCUUUCAGGAUCACACCCGAGAGCCCACAACCCAUGAAAGCCCAAGGAGAGGAGGAGGAAGAAGAGCAGGUCCUCAGUCCCCCUCAGCCUAGACCUCAGCCACUGGGUCAGAACAAGCCCAGUGUCAGUGAGCAGACACCACCACCACCAGCAGCUGUCAGCGAGAGUGUAAGCAGUCCACCAGCUCACAAGCCCUCAGCAGGCACCACAGAUCCAGAGGAGGCAAGUCGUAUCCUGGCUGAGAAUCGUCGGCUGGCCCGAGAGCAGAGGGAGAGAGAGGAAGAGGAGCGCAGGCAGCAGGAGGAGCAGGCCAGGUUAGCGAAGGAGGAGAUGGCUCGCCGUAAGGCAGAGGAAAGAGCGAAGAGAGAGGAGGAGGCUCAGCGUCAGGCCGAAGAGAGGAGAAAGAAGGAGGAGGAGGAGAGAAAGGAGGAGGAAGAGAGACUUCAGAAAGAGAGAGAGGAGGCGGAGAGACAGGUCAGAGAAAGCGUACAACUCAGCUAAAGAGUGGAGUUCGC